AUGCCCUCUAUUCGUUUUCCCUCUCGUACGUUGUGCUUCUCAUCCGGAAGAUGUAUUGCAACCUCUUCCCGUCUGGAUAAAAAUCAAGCCGGAAAAUAUAGGUCGACUGUUGAUCGAUCGCAGUUGUUAACGUACGAAAUGGCACAGAGGCCACACCACAUUGGUGUUCGCAAGUCUUGGCUGACCUGGCAUUCUCAGAAUUUAGAAGGUUUUAGACAAUCGCAGCCGUUGAUGGUCGUACAGGACGAGGUGAUUCGUCGUUUUAUCCGCGGAUUUUUUCCACAAAAUGUCGUUAUCAGUGGUGAAGAGAUUGUGAUCAAACGCAGAGGUAAUGUUGUCGUUGUGGCAGGUUUUCUCCAGUAUUCAAAACGUCUUGAUAUCCGUCGCAUCUACUGGAUGUUUGGUUUCACAGAGGAGUUCUUGUCAAUCCUCCUUAAACAACCAGUAAAACUUGAGCUUGCCUUUGUUGAGAGUGAGGCCGAUCUAGCUUACAAUUAUAUAUAA